UCCAUCUGAACAAUUAAAGCCAAGGCUCGUUGGUCUGGAGUUUCACUUUGGAGGUGCUAACGAGAGCGCCAACUCGCCCGCCUGCCCCAGCCUGCCAAGCAGAGAGCUGCCUUCUGAGCGGGCCGCUGGAGGUGAUGGACUAUACCUAUGAUGAGGACCUGGAUGAGCUGUGUCCUGUCUGCGGGGACAAGGUCUCCGGAUACCACUACGGGCUGCUCACCUGUGAAAGCUGCAAGGGCUUUUUCAAGCGGACCGUGCAGAAUAACAAGCACUACACCUGCACCGAAAGCCAGAACUGCAAAAUCGACAAAACCCAGAGGAAGAGAUGUCCGUACUGUCGCUUUCAGAAGUGCUUGACGGUGGGAAUGAGACUAGAAGCUGUGCGUGCGGACCGAAUGCGAGGAGGAAGAAAUAAAUUCGGCCCCAUGUACAAGCGAGAUCGUGCCUUAAAACAGCAGAAGAAAGCUCUGAUACGUGCCAAUGGCUUUAAGCUGGAGACUGUGCCUCAGAUCGUGUCCCCAGUGCAAACUGACUACAACCUGUCCUCCACCAUCCAUGGCAUCCACUCGGUGUCCAAGAGCCUGCCUCCCAACCCGGCCACUAUGACGCCAGUCGACUACGACAGAAGUCCAUAUGGGACGCCAUCCUUGGGAAUGACUGUGCCAAGCCAUGGGGCACUGUCCAGCUACCAUUACCCCUCCUUUCCCAACCGCACCAUCAAGUCAGAGUACCCCGACCACUACACAAAUUCCCAUGAGUCCAUGGCCAGCUACAUGUAUCCAGAUGCCUAUCCCAACAGUGCCCCACCCGACAUCCCAGAGGUCAUUCUCAAGCUGCUGCAGCUGGAGCCUGACGAGCCACAGGUCAAGGCGCGGAUACUGGCUUGUCUGCAACAGGAGCAGGGCAAAGGCCGGCAUGAGAAAAUCAGCACCUUUGGCCUCAUGUGCAAGAUGGCAGACCAGACCCUCUUCUCCAUUGUGGAGUGGGCACGGAGCUGCAUCUUCUUUAAGGAGCUGGAGGUAGGCGAUCAGAUGAAACUGCUGCAGAACUGCUGGAGUGAGCUGCUGGUAUUUGACCAUAUCUACAGGCAGGUGCAACAUGGGAAGGAGCACAGUAUGCUGCUUGUGACAGGCCAGGAGGUGGAGAUGGCGACAAUCGCGGCUCAAGCAGGGUCCAACCUGAAUAACCUGGUCUUGAGGGCACAAGAACUGGUCCUACACUUGCAUGCGCUCCAGGUGGAUAGACAAGAGUUUGUGUGUUUGAAGUUCCUGAUACUCUUCAGUCUCGAUGUGAAAUAUUUGGAAAACCACAGCCUGUCGAAGGAUGCUCAGGAGAAAGCCAACGCAGCUCUGCUGGAGUAUACCAUCUGCCACUACCCUCACUCCGCAGACAAGUUCCGUCAGCUCCUUCUGCGGCUGGCUGAGAUCCGCUCCCUCAGCAUGCAGGCCGAGGAGUACCUCUACCACAAGCACCUGAGCGGGGAGGUGCCUUGCAACAACCUGCUCAUUGAAAUGCUGCAUGCCAAGCGGACUUGAGUGUGGCUCGUCCCGACAAGAGACUCGCAACGGAGCUUCUCAGAGACGUUCCCUGCUGGGAGCAUGCAGGAGAGGCAGAAGGAAGCUGGGGGGGCUGGCCUAGCAGCACUGCCUGUCCAUCACUGCCUCACCCGGUGAUUAUAUUUAACCAGUACUAUUGGAAAGUUUCAGAUGAUUUAUUUUAAUAUACAGUAACUAUGGUUUAACAGCUCUAAGACGAAUAUGUUCCAUUCUAUGCGGACUGCCCCUCUGGGACCAUUGCCUGUCCUACAUUUGGCUUUCCCUGUCUACAUAGCAUCGAUUUGGCUUAACACAAAUUCCGGGGUGUGGAGGAUUGAACCUUAGAAAUGGCUUUUCUCUUAUUUAUGUUCAUUUUGACUCAUUUUUCCUCAGCAGUUGUCUGCUCUAACCCUGCCCCCUCACCUUCUUCCCACAAACAUAUCUCAGGACCCCACUUGCAAAGGCGGGAGAGAGAGGUAAAAAGAUACCUUGCUGGUUUUACCCUUCCAACAGGCCAGGGCUUCUCCAAAUGAUGCUCUGUGGUUGUCGCCACCUCCCUGGAGAUGAAACACUUUGUGGAGCAAGCAAUGGGGCUGCAGGGGUUGAGCAGGGAGCCUGCCUUGUGGAAUAGUUUGCAGAACAGAGAUGCCAGAGACCCCUGGAAUGGACAUAGACUGGGACAUGGUACUGGGGAAAAUGCAACCACCUACAUGUACCUGGAUCCAGCCAUUAAAUCCAGGGAAGAGAAAUGAUCAUAUCACCAUCCUGCUCCUGCCCUGUGUCCCAAGGGGGCCUGGGGUUUUGUGCCCCAGAGCUCAGGAAAGCUGUGAGAGUCCCAUUUUGGGUCAGGAGACAGUGCUUGAGAUAGGAUCUCUGUGUCACCACAGCCAGUGCAUAGUUGCAGCAAUAGGCCUGCUGACCAGCAUCAGGGGCCUUAGCAGACUUUUGGUCACAUUCUGACUGGGGAAUCUCCUUGUUCUCUGAGGUCAAUAUUAUAGCACAGCCCCAGAGUAUCCAAGUGCUAAGAAAUCGCAGUUCCUCUGUUCAGUCAUUCGUCUCUGCAUCUCCUAGCCUGUGUCCUGCAGCCCCUCUGGGCUGGAAGCUGCUUGCGGGCUGGCCAGGCGAGUGUGCCCCUAGGAUGGGCUGAUGGACUCCUGCAGUUACAUGAAUCAGGAGGCUGUUACAGGAAGGAACUGGGAACGGGACAGUAGAGAGCCAUCCCUUCCCCACCAGCUGCCCCAUUCCCCGUGGGGUGAAGAGCAGGUGCAGACUCUGACUGAGGGAUGCGGGCGCAGUGGAAGGUACCAUUCCUCGUUCCAAGCAGGGUGGAGAGCAGGGUUGCUGGGACAAAUUCCUCCCUGGUGUCACUGCACCGGGCUGUUGCUGAGCUGAAUGUGGCCGGUUGUGAGUGCAGGGGUGGGCGGCAAAGGGUCCGUUUCUGAAUAAGCAGCUUCCUGACUGGCUGCAGUUCUGUUUCUUCAAGUUUUGUGGCUGGAUAACAGGAAGGGCUAGCACUCACCCCACCCCCACCCCCAGCCCAGCAGCGAUUUCAAGCUCUGCCUCAUCCUGCUAAUGAGUGUCCGGGGGCUGCCUGCAGCGGGUGGGCAGCAGGGCACCAGGGAGGGGGGUGUCAUCCUGGAGUUUCAAACUGUGCUUUAUGUCUUCAGUGCUCAGCCCUUAGCUUCAGGUCGGCCCCUGCACACUGACCUGCUACACCCAGGCAUGCCAGUGAAAAUCCAGAGCAGCUCCAUUCCAACCGCUUCAGUGACCCCAGGUCACACCAUGGAGCGGAGUCUGGCCCUGACGCUGACAUUUCAGCAGGGAUGCUCGCAACUCCAUCGAGCUCUGGCCCCAUCUCUUGGCUCAGCCUCCGUCUCCGGGAAGGUUUUCUCCCGCCUCCAGUCCCAGCUCACUCUCUUUGGAAGGUUUCCAGCUGCAGCUUCCCUUCCUUUCUGCAUCACAACAUUCCCGUUCCACACUCAGGUGCUUUCUCAGCCUGGGGCCAGGUCCUCCUGUUUCUUAAGCCAACUUCCCUAGCCAGCAGAAAUGCAGUUAAUGACUCGCUGAAAGAUUCUAACAAGAAGGCAGGUGAACCCUGGCCACUGGGGUUGGACAAGACAGCCCUCAUCCCAUAGCAGCUUGUUCUGCUAGCACCCCCGAACGUCCCUUUUCAGCCGUUUGUUGCUGGUAGUACUACGACUAGCCCACCAGCCGUGGUCUUGUAAUCUAGGGACCAGAGCAAUUGGGAUGCAGUUCCCCCACUCGGAGAGUCAAUCAAGAAGCACAGUCUCCUGACCCCAUCUAUUGGAUUUCUCCACAUAAUGCCUGGUAUGUGUGAAGUGGCAGAAUUAGCAGGAAUGAACAGGGCUGAGAUGUGCCACAGGAAAUAGACUACGGGCAAGAUGUAACCAUCAGAGGACUUUUUUUCUCACCAUAUCUAACAGCAAGUCUGACUGUGACAUCUCACCAGCUGCUCCGUGCGUGCUCUAGGGAAUGCUUCCCAUGGGCUGGAACUGGGGGAACAUUUGGCAGUAGCCUAGCACCAAAUACUAUCAAUCGUCUGAGCACUUUCUUAGUGGAGUCAGUCCCUUUUGACCAUUUUCUCUGUUUAUUCUACUCAGGUUCUUUUACACUGUGCCCAUCUGCACCAUAUUGUAGCCUUUCCACUCUGCCUCUCCUAGCUCACUCACGUUGUAUUUUCCUCCACGUUUUUAUUUAGUGUCCCUUCUGUUUUUGGACACUGAAGUCAAAGCAAAGCACUUGACCCUGCUGGAGGACUAUAGGACCAGGUGGCACAAAGUCCCGGCCCAGGGGUUUUGCAGCUGGGUAAUGAAAUGGCCACAGCCCUUCUGAGCAUCGUGCUGUUCAAGCCAGUGCAGGAUACAGAGCCUCCAGAGAGACUAUGAGAAGAAAGGGAUUUCUUUCUGCUCUCUGGGUCUUCUGUGUGUGCAUCUGAAUUAGCGGCCAUAGUACAAAUAUGCCAGCCAUGUGCAUAAAGGCUGCCCUCAGGUUCCUGAGCUGGUUAGUAGGGUUUCUACUCCACUCCCCAUUUGCCCGCUUCCUCUGGCUGGGAGUAAUUAGACCCACGCCAUAACCUACAGCCCAAUGGUGAGACGUCCGAGCAUCACCCCUGGCCACUCAGCAGUGCAUUGCUUCAAGCCCUGGUUAGCAGCGUCUGUCCAUUGGCAGCAUGUUCAUGCAUGUCAGUUAAUAGAGCUUUCCUACCCAGGGAGGUGAGAAGUGCUGAAGAUACAAGAGCGAGCCCCUUUGACCAUGGAUGCAUCCCCCUCCCCGCUUAGUUAGCAGGGCAAGGUAAAACCAGAAGGUGCUUUAUUCUGGCUGCCAUGUUGGUUUACUCAGCUCAACUGUCCUUUUCUAUUCCCCAAGCACGGGACCUUCCCCAGGCUCCAACACAGGCCAGGCUUAAACGCCAUUGCUGUGUGCUCCCUGUUCUGAAGCUCCCUGUCAACACCGGUCAUAGUCUUGGUGAAUAACGGCCCUUUGUAACGGGUGGGGUCUGAUAUAUUUUCCAUUCCAGGUGCUUGUUUCUUGUUUAGAGUGGACUUUUGUACCCAGAGAAAUGCGGCUUCUCCUGAAGUUUGGUGCUUUGCAGGCCUUGUGCGCUGCUGCCGCCUACCUUCUCAGCAGACUUUUGUGACUAUAAGCAGCUCAUUUUCUGGAAGCUUAUUAGAUGCAGAUGAGCAUGUUUGUUUCUGCAUUUUGACAUGUUCAUGCAUUUUCCUCUCCACGGCCGUGGUUCAGUUUCACUUUGUAUUUUGUGGAUUUAAGGAGCUGGGGAAUACGGUUUGGGCGUUAAAAUAUGUUUUAUUUUCAGCAAAUGCAAAGUGUCCUUAAGUGUCUCUCUCCCUUCCGCCCUCUCCAUUCCGUCUCUGGCAGGAGGUUGUUAGCAAUGUUCUUGUCAGGAUCAAACCACUGUAAUAAAUUUUGCAAUUCACUUAAAAAUACAGAUUCUGCAUUUAUUUCUAACUCCUGUUUGCUGGGUUGCUGUCACAUCUCGUUCCAUUACUGCUUUAUGCAGCAGAGCAAAGAACUUUCCUGGGUUUCAACACCAUGCAAACUGAAGGGCAGAUGAUGAUGUUAAACAGUGCUCAACCCUGAUGAUACUUGCCUGGGGGUUCCCCUUCUUUGUAACUUAGCUGGUAUCUUUAGGAAGAAUAAAUUAGAGAUGAGGGUUGAAUUGGUUCCAAGGAGCCACUCAGGUCCCGGCUCUCAGUUUGCUCAGUUUGCUAAACCUUGGGGAUAUUGUGUGGGAGUCACACAUUCAAGCCAGUUGCUCUGCUGCAGCUCUUGCCAGACCUUGGGGGCAAUAGGCAUUGCAUACUGGCGCCCUUUUCAUGAGCAGGCAGGCAGGACUGUGACACUCGUACUCGUGGAGAAUAUGGCUCAGGUCUAUGCACAAGCACUUCUGUGGCUCUUCUCUCCAUAGGAUCAGAGUGGCUAUUCUUCAACAAAAAAACUUCAAAAACAGACUCCAACGAGAGACUGCUGAAUUGGAAUUAAUUUGUAAACUGGAUACAAUUAAUUUAGGCUUGAAUACAGACUGGGAGUGG